AUGAAGCUCCUCCACCUUACCCUAACCACCGCGGCCAGCCUCUCGGCCACAGUGCAGGCCUGCGCCCACUUCUGGGGCUACAUCACGCACAGCCCCAUCAUGGGCGACACGAUGGACGCCGGGUCCGAGAUGGUGGACGACGGCCGCGUCGUCUGCAGCAACAGCUGGUCCCUCCGCCUCGAGGGGGACCGGUUCAUCUACGGCUGCCUGCCCGGCUACUCGCUCUCGGUGGCCAAGAACGGGAGGGACGCCCGGUAUCACGCCCAUGGCGACGACUACACCUUCGGCCUGGGUGCCCGUUCAGAAAAGUACUGCUGCAUCGGGGCGUGCGACGAUAAGGGUGUCAAGAUCUCCUGUACGGAUUAUUCUUGGGAUCACUGGGAGUUUUGCUGA